GUAGAAGAGGCUCCGGACACAGCUGCCGAGAUCUCUGCUACAGACAAACCGAACGAACCUGGGGGCACAGCUGCCAAGAUCUCUGCUGCAGACAAACCGAACGAAGCUGGGGGCACAGAUCCGGACGCAGCUGCCAAGAUCUCUGGUGCAGACAAACCGAACGAAGCUGGGGGCACAGAUCGGACGGGCGCAGCUGCCGAGAUCUCAGCUGGUGCAGACAAGCGGAACGAAGCUGGGCACGCAGAUCGGGCGGAUGCAGCUGCCGAGAUCUCUAGUGCAGACAAACCGAACGAAGCUGGGGGCAAAUCGUUGGAUGGAGCUAGCGAUCAG